AUGACAACAAAACCCUCCUCCUUCAGGAAACCGCUGCCCGUUCCAACCCACAGCGGUUUUGUUUCCGCCAAGUUUGCUCCCACUCGCUGGGGAAAUCACUUCCUCUCCGUCGACAACGAUCUCAUUGAUCGUGACUUUCAGGGUACAGCUCUUCCACCUGCGCUCCAGAGCGAAUAUGAAAUUUUGAAGCGAGAUGUGAGGAAGAUGGUGAUAGCAGCUGGAAGUAGAGACGAGGAAUCGGUAAAGCACAAACUCCGGCUGAUAGAUCAGGUACAGCGAUUAGGCGUUGGAUAUCAUUUCGAGAGCGAGAUCGAGGAUGCUCUGGGCGAAGUUCUUGCUCUUGGAGAGGAAUUCAUCGACAAGAACGAUCUCUACCAUGUGACUCUACGGUUCCGGCUUCUCAGACAACAAGGGUUUCAUGUUUCUCCAGAUGGUUUGAAAGAGUUCAAGGACAGUGAAGGGAACUUCAAAAGCUCACUGGUGUCUGAUGAACAUGGCGUGCUGAGCCUCUACGAAGCAGCCCAUCUGGCAGUCCACGGAGAAGAUAUAUUGGACGAAGCCUUGGCCUUUGCAACUGAGACACUGGGGGCCAUUAUCUAUCGGGAGAACUUUUGGGUCCAUAAGCAAGUCAACUUCUCACUAAGCCUCCCGAUAUGGAAAUGUGAUCCUAGAACACUGGCAAGAAGCUACAUCGAUAUUAUCUCUGAGCACGACGAAAGUCACGAAACUUUCCCCAAUAACGAACUUUUGCGGUUCGCAAAGUUGGACUUCAACGUGUUGCAGAAAUGCCAUCAACGGGAGCUCUGCCAUCUCUUCAAGUGGUGGGGAUGUCUUGAGGUGCCGACUAGAUUCCCAUAUGCAAGAGACAGAAUUAUGGAGUGCUAUUAUUGGAUCAACUCUGUUUACUAUGAGCAGAAGUUCCAUUCAGCAAGGAUCAUACUCACCAAGAUCCGAGCAGUUGUGUCUCUGAUAGACGAUACUUUUCAUAAUUUUGGCAAAUACGAAGAUCUUGAAAUCCUCACAAAAGCUAUUCGAAGGUUUGAUAUAAGUGCUAUUGAGGAAUUGCCUGAAAAAAUGAAGGAAAUAUACCGUGUCAUGAUAAACCUGUAUGAUGACAUUGAAGUGGAAGUCGGCAACAAUGGAUCGUCUUUCGGAGUUGAUUAUGCUAAAGAAGAGUUGAAGAAACUUUGUGAGUUAUACUUGGUUGAGGUAAGUUGGCGCGACGACCGCCGAAUUCCAACAAUGGAGGAGUAUAUGAUGGUUUCCUAUCAGACUUCCGGUUAUCCGAUGCUCUGCACAUCUGCAUUCCUUGGAAUGGGAGUAGAAACUGCAACGGAACACGCCUUUGAAUGGGUAACGAGUUUUCCCAAGAUGGUUAAAGCCAUUAGCAUUAUUGGCAGGCUUCAAAACGACCUCGUUUCUCCCAGGUACGAGCUGAAUAGAAAGUAUGUGCCAUCAGCGGUGGAAUGUUACAUGGCUGAGAAUGGGUGUCCGAAAAAAGAGGCUAUGGAUUUCUUGUGGGGGGAGAUUUCGAAAGCUUGGAAAGACAUCGCUGAAGAGAUCCACAAACCGACCCCUUUGCCAGUAAUUCUCACCGACCGGGUUCUCAACUUUGGGCGCUCAAACAGUAUCAUGUAUGGGUUUGACAAAGACUGUUACACCGACUCGUAUAUGUUGCAGGAACAUCUUGGCUUGUUGUUUGUACAUCCUAUGGAAAUUUGA